GUUGAAAACAGCACCUGUCCCGGUCCCUGCUGCCGCCGCCGUUCCAUUAACGCCCACCGGUGACUUCAUCGAGACAUGGGACGACAAGCCAGCCGCUCCAAUGCCUGCCGUGGAACUAACCAAGAUGAACCUGUUCCAGCGAUACCUGUCGCUGUGGGUGCUCAUGGCCAUGGUGGCCGGCAUCCUCCUCGGGUACUACGUGCCGUCGGUUCCCACGGCGCUGGACAAAGCCACAGUGCACGGCAUCUCCAUCCCCAUCGCCGUGUUUCUGUGGGGUAUGAUCCUGCCCAUGAUGCUCCAGAUCGACUUCCACAGCGUCGUGGCCGUGGUCAAAGCACCGACUCCCAUCGUCGUCUGUUCGAUCAUCAACUACGCCAUCCAGCCCUUCACCAUGUACGCGAUCUCGCUGCUCUUCUUCAAAGUCUUCUUCGACUCGUACCUCGGCCAGGAAAAGUCGGACGGGUACGUGAUCGGCGCCGUAUUGCUUGGCGGGGCCCCGUGCACCGCCAUGGUGUUUGUCUGGUCCGUACUCAUGAACGGGAAUGCUGCGUAUACACUGGCCCAAGUCGCAGUCAACGAUAUCCUCCUUAUCAUCUUGUACGUGCCCACGGUUAAGCUGCUGGCGAGUGCGUCCAACAUCGACAUGCCAUGGGAUACGCUGUUGUAUUCUGUGGGGCUGUUCAUUUUGGUGCCGCUGGUCGUGGCGGUAGUCACGCGCCAGAGCUUGAACGACCGGGGAAUGCAAUGGCUGCAGACCAAGGUGAUUCCUCUGCUGGACACGUUGUCCAUGGCGUUCUUGCUGCUUAUGGUCGUGCUGAUUUUCAUCUCGCAAGCGGCCACGAUCACCCAGAACUGGGUCGACAUCCUCAUCAUCGCCAUCCCGCUCACGGUGCAAACGGUGCUCAUCUGGGGCGUUACGUACGCCGCGGCGCUCUACUUUAAGCUACCGUUCGACGUGGCGGGGCCAGCGUCGCUGAUUGCGUGCUCCAACUUCUUUGAAAUGGCUGUUGCCAUCGCCGUGAGCGUGUAUGGCACCGGGUCCCCUGCCACCUUGGCGACUGUUGUGGGGGUGCUUAUUGAAGUGCCGGUGAUGCUCGUGCUCGUGGCUAUCAACAACAAGACCCAGCACAAGUUUACCCCAGGACACAUUCAGUUGCAGUAAACACUAGUAGUACAAGUCAUCAUUAUAGAGAGGUGUAAGCAAGUCAGUCA